AUGGCUUACCAGCAGCAAUGCAAACAGACCUGCCUUCCCCCUCCUUGCUGUGUGACCAAGUGCACUACCAAAUGCCUGGAUCCCUGCUGCAAAGUCUGUGUGACCAAGUGUGUGACAAAAUGCCUGGAUCCCUGCUCCUCCUUUGUCUUUCAGUUUUGCCCUCGUCCCAGGAAGAUGGCUUACCAGCAGCAAUGCAAACAGACCUGCCUGCCUCCUCCAUGCUGUGUGACCAAGUGCACUACCAAAUGCCUGGAUCCCUGCUGCAAAGUCUGUGUGACCAAGUGUGUGACAAAAUGCGUGGAUCCCUGCUGUAAAGUCUGCGUGAAGAAGUGCACUACAUGUGUGCAUCCAUGUCCAUGCCCGUGCCCUCAAAAGUGUCUUCCAUGUCCUCCAUGUCCUCAAAAGUGUCCUCCGUGUCCUCCGUGCCCUCAAAAAUGCCCUCCGUGCCCUCCAUGUCCUCCAUGCCCUCAAAAGUGUCCUCCGUGCCCUCAAAAAUGCCCUCCGUGCCCUCCAUGUCCUCCGUGCCCUCCAAAAUGCCCACCUGUGCAGCAUUGCUGCAAAGAAAAGAAGCUCUGUUAUGCUGCACAGGUGGGCAUUUUGGAAGGCAUGGAGGGCAUGGAGGGCAUGGAGGACACUUUUGAGGGCACGGAGGACAUGGAAUACACUUUUGAGGGCAUGGGCACGGGCAUGGAUGCACGCAUGCCAUGCAAACCAUAUAAAAAGGCUCGUGUCCCAGUGCUCCUCAAACCACUCGGCUUCUUCAUUUGCUCCUGUGACUUGUUUUGCCCACGUCCCAGGAAGAUGGCUUACCAGCAGCAAUGCAAACAGACCUGCCUGCCCCCUCCAUGCUGUGUGACCAAGUGCACUACCAAAUGCCUGGAUCCCUGCUGCAAAGUCUGUGUGACCAAGUGUGUGACAAAAUGCGUGGAUCCCUGCUGUAAAGUCUGCGUGAAGAAGUGCACUACAUGCAGGUCAAUGCCUUCCCCUGUAACGAACAUCACCGUCUUUGUGCCCCUGGGAUAUCAGCUGUGCCUGGGAGAGAUCCUCAGUGCUGCACAGGUGGGCAUUUUGGAGGGCACGGAGGGCAUGGAGGGCACUUUUGAGGACAUGGAGGACACGGAGGACAUGGAAUACACUUUUGAGGGCAUGGGCACGAACAUGGAUGCACGCAUGUAG